AUAGAAAGUUGCACCCACGAAAUUUGACCUCACUCUUUGCUCCUCCAUAAGAUUGAAGUUGACAUAAGCUGGGGAGAACAAUCUCUUUGCUCCCAAGAACUGCCUGCCCUUACCGCAUGGGCUGACGGUCCCGUAGCUCCGAGACAUCCUACGUAUAAUUAAAAUUUUCGUCUUGAAUCCUCGCUCUCCUUUGCCUCGGAACAAUACCGACUCGUACAAUCCAAUACAGACGGCACGACGCGAUGGAUGCAUAAACGCUCUCAAAGCGAUAGUAAAGGUCGCUUUUGAGAGCGCGGCAUAACAACAUGGCUCGGAAGAAGAAGGCGAUUGACCACAUGGUCAAUCGCAUGAGCAAGUUGCGUCUCGUCGAUGAGCAGGCCGCUUUGGCUGCGCCACCCAAACAGCCGGAGCGCAGCAAAGACACGGGCAAUAAGGACGAGGAAGAGGUCGAGCGCCAGCCCUUCCGCUUCUUUGAUCUCCCCUACGAGCUGCGAUUGCGCGUGUACGAGGAACUCCUCAUCUUCCCCAAGACCAUCGACCUCGACCCGUCCAACUACUGCACCGUCGCCCCCGCCCUCCGCCUCUUCCUCACAAGCCAGCGCAUGCACGACGAAGCAGCCCGCGUCUUCUACGGCCGCAACACCUUCCGCGUCUUCCCCAUCCACGGCCGUUACAUCAACCGCAAGCACCCGCUGCUUGCAUGGUUCCCCCGCAAAUACCGCGUCCUCCUUACUCGCCUUGAGCUGCGUCUAGGUCCCGGCUUCACGAAACCACCGAAAUGCUGGGUCGUAGAUAGCCGGCUGGGCCUCGCAGCUGUGAAAAAGGUAUACCUCCUCAAGAUCUUUGUAGAAAUCGAUCCUGCAUCCGACGCGGUAUUCGAGGGAUUCCGCGUUGGUAAUAAUUUCUACACGGAAUACUGUGUGGGCUUGCUGAGAGGCUUGCUCUCGCAGGUGCCGUCGAUCAAUGAUGUCGAGUUUGAUGCGUAUCCUAGUGUGUCCAAGUCAAGUCCGUUGUUAGCAGGCUUGAUUGAAGAGACAAGGCUGAAUCAGAAGCAUAUUGCUUGGGGCCCUGAGAGGGGCUGGGAUAAGAUUGUUGAAACUGAUUUGGCGAAUGUGUUGCAGAAGAUGGGCCUUUGAUUGUGCCUCGAUGUUCGCCACCACAUUUGUCUUUGCAAGUACAGUAUAGUAGUCAUGCCUUUUAUGUGUAGAUAUGUAGCUUACGAACUCUUCAAUGAACCCUAUA